CGUCUUUCUUCGAGUUGGGGAAGCCAAUCCCUCCAAUUCUCCCUUCACUGUGGCUUCUCGGCGUCCCCCACCAGCAUUGCAACACCCCACGCUCAUUCGUCUGUGCCCCUGCACACGGUCCAACUACGUCCUCAAUCGCAUCCCGCGUCCUUCAAUAAUCCAUAAUCCCCUUGGAGAAGCGACGUCUCCCUUCGCUACGCAUCAUGUCAUCGUUCCAUUCACGCAACGCCUCCGAGGAGACGAAUGCGACGACUGGCUCCUCCAACUACAACUUGAUCAUGGAGCACGUAUUGCAGUAUCCCGGCAGCUACGAGAUCCCUCUGCGAACCAUGUACACGCUCAAUUGUGUUCCGCGAGCUCAACCCCUUCCGAAAGACCUGUCUCGUGCCCCAUCCCCUACCACCACGUCUCCCAUCUCUCGACCGUCGGCAUGGAAUGAGGCAGAAUCCUCAGCCAUGCGCUUCACAUCCCAACUGAUGAACCACCUCGGCGCGCUCCCAACCCAGACCAGCUCCCUCCCGCCUGCCUUCAUCGUCUCCUUCGUCUCUCGCUGCUUCCAUCCCUGCCUGGCGCUCGUGGAUUUUCCUCAGGCACUCACUGCGCUGGACUACCUUCGGGAUCUGGAGAAGAGGAGGUGCAAGGAGUAUGUCUCGGCCUUCGAGCGGUUGGGUAUCCGGAUCGAGAACUUUGACGCCGACGUCAAAGCGGUUGCCGAACAGUACCCGGGCAUAGCCUUGUGGGCCAAGAACAUGCAUGGCAAGAACAAGAAGGCCGAAUCCUACUACGCAAUCAUGUACCUUGGUCUGCGACGAUGGAUUUUGAUCAACGAGCUCUCUCUUCAGCCCUUCAACAAGUUGAACUGUAUGGGCAUGCUCAACACGCUUCUGCCACCCCAGUCGCCUAGUGGGAACUCCAGACUGCCUACUCCUUUGCUUACGCAUCAGGUGCUCAAGGAAGAACGCGACAGCUUCUUUGAAUACAUUCGCAAAGUACAGAAGCACGGUCCAUCCGUCCUCCGGCCUGUCAUCGAAAUGAACAAGGGUCCCGGAGAUCAGACCGGCUGGGACUGCCUCCAGAAGACCCUCGACAAGUACUUGCGCGUGGCUAAGAAGAUGAUUGAUGACUGCGUUACGGCAGGGGUGGAUGACUUCACCGCUGUCGAGGAGGCCAGGAAGGGCAAGAAGACGGAUUCAGGAGUCAGUUUCGGCGCGGACCAGAGACCAGGCACUGCUACUACCGCUGUCGAUAAGCCUUUGCCGAUGAUGCCUACGGAAGCUCGACCAACGAAAGGCAUGAGCAAGAUGGAGCGGCUGGCCAGGGAGUUUAGGCGCAUGCGCGUCAAGACCCGACCGGACGUUGAGGAAAUCAUUGAUAUGGACCGGCACAAUGCGGCACACUACCUCCCGCAGCCCAGGGGUGACGAGGGCAAGGGAAACAAGUCACUCAAGAAAGCUCGCUCCUUUGCGAAUAUUGGCCAUCUGAGAAGCUCAAACCCCAGUUCGGCCUCUCUCGCCAGCAGGAAGAACAGCGACGUGGUUCCCUUCGACCCAGAGCAGAUGAAGCGCCACCGCCAGAAGUACGAAGCUGCAGCGUUGGCCAGGGGAUGAAGAUCCAGGAUAUGAACACAUUGAACUGAAAAGGCAAAAGAUGAUCACCACGACGAUUUGCAUGACAAACUUUUCUUUCUCUUUCUUUCACGACAGCCAUGAAGCAGAACUCUUCUGCAACAGUACUUUGAUGAGCAGGGGUCGGAUAUUCCCUGGUAAGCAAACUUUCUUUUU